AUGUCGUCGCCGCGCUGGAUAGUGGACGGACAGAGCCGGGUCUUCCUGGAGCAAGUUUUCGCGUCGGACCAGUUUCCCUCCCGACACCUGCGCACCCAGCUCGCAGACAAGCUCAGCGUGACUGCGCGGCAGGUGCAAGUCUGGUUCCAAAAUCGCCGGCAAAAGGCGAAGAAGAUAAGGGUGGGCUGCGUCAGGAAGCGGCAGCCGAGGGUGCCGGUGGACGCACAGCUCGGCUGGGACCUCGGGACGGACUCAUCCCCAGAUAUCGAUGUGGAGCACAUCCUCGGCCCGGACGCGGCCGCCCAGGCGUUCUACAGCACCAGCUGA